UAUUCGCGAUCACAAAGGUAACAAAAGGACCAGUAUCAAUCAUCAACAUUUAUGCCGGGUGGUUAUCUGAAUUGUUUUGAUUCAGCACGCGGAAAUAAAUGUAUGUGUUUCCACAGUGAUGUUUAAAUAACAAUGUAAUAUAUUAAAUUUAUUUACAAGCAUAUAAUAAUGUGUAUUAUUUUGUUUGGCCAUAUAAGAAAAAUUUAAUGAAGUAACGAACGAUUGAAUAUCUUCAAAACAAAAACCUUUUUUCCUAUCUGGCAUCUCUGCUAAAGCUAAAGUACGAAGAGGGAUACACGAAAACAAACUGACGUCAUGCCAUGAAGCGCGGGAGACGAAAAAUUCUUUCGCGUCUCGCAAUUCACACUCUCUGCAGCUUUUGCGCUCCAUAGCUAUGCAGCUCAACAGCUCAACAGCUCAUCAGCUCAGCAGCUCAUCAGCUCAACAGCUCAGCAGCUCAUCAGCUCAACAGCUCAUCAGCUCCAGCUCCGUAAUGAGCUGAUGAGCUGCGUUUUUUGAUUGCGAGCCGAUCCGAAUCCGCUCACUAUGAUGAAGCGAUUCGAAUGAACAGCUCAUGAGCGGAUGGCACAUCUCUACGCAGUAUACGAACAAAUACUUGACAUCCCUAGCUGGGUAUGUCAAACUACAUUAAACAACAUCAGCAAAAAAAUAAUUUUAUAAUCUUUUUGUUGUCAGUAGCUCAAACAGAGAGCAAUCUGUAGCGUAUUUCAGUCAUAGGCGAAAAUGGAAAACGAAGAACCCAUAGAGCAUCAAAAUAUUGGCGAGUAUUGUCGCUUAUGUCUUGAUUGGAUAGAUGAUAAACACCAAUUCAUCGAUAUUGCCAGCUUCAAUGAUGAUUUGAAUUCCACACUUGCUGACAAAAUUCGCGAUUGUGUAGGUUUGUACAUCAAUCCAGAUGACAUCGCUUGUAGAAUUUGUUCGAACUGCGAACAGACGAUUCGUUUGAUAGACGAAUUCCGGAUCCUUUGUCACCAGUCCGCAAAUCUUUUCGAAUCGACACAGUUCCGCUAUAGCGAUGCCAAGAAAUGGGAAUGUUACAAUAAACACAUCACCGAAUUAAGAGUGCUGGUUUGGGAACAACGAGACAGGGUUGAUAACAUACUGAAAGAGACCACACUUAAACAUUGGGCUGAGGCUCCCGUUGGCAUCGUUGACGACAUACUUCCUCCCGAGUUUAUAAAAGUGGAAGAGGAAGUUGAGCCACUUGCAAUCGAACUGGAUGGGGACCCAAAUGAGUCGAUUUCAGUAACUACCGAGAUUUCGGAUAACGGUCAAUCUCGUACUAUUAAAGACAGAGAUUCAAAAUAUCGAUUGAAGCUGGAAAUUGCACGGGAACUGCAAACCCAGACGUCAAAGAAACCUAAUGUGAAAGCUGUUAGUAAAAAAUUGAACCUAGAACUGGAAGAUGUUAGACGUUGGUGGAGAGAAAUGCAAAAUUAUUACAGAAUAUACAAGAAGCGUGCCUACGCAGAACACAAGCUUGCCGUUUUCCGUUGCCGCGAAUGUCCAUUAUUCGCCGCGAUGGAUAUUCUAAUUCCGAAAUUCUAUGGAGAUGAACCCUAUAGAGAGCCACAAAUCAGCAACGGAAAGAUUGAUGAUGAAAACCUGAUAUCUACCGAUCUAAAAGUGGCUCUCGCAGAGGAAAUAAAAAAGCACCCUGAGUUGUGGGAUUUGUCGCUUAAUUGCUCCACGCACAGCAUAAAUACUAUCUGGAAGGAGAUGACCAAGAAGUUCUCUAUGGACGUACGAAUGCUGCGAAAACACUGGAAACGUUUGCGAGUACAAUAUCGCUCGUAUCAAUUACGCAGAACGCAAAAUCCUCAGAUGCGGAAACCCACAAAUGAAAAGUAUGCUUAUUUGAUGUCGAUUUUACACGAAAUGUGCGAGGACAUAAAGAACACCCCAUCUCUCGUGGGUUCCAUUGAGCAGCACGAUGUUCAGAAGGAGGAGAUCGAAAAAGUUGUUGAGAAAGGAAGUGGAGAGGGCCAAUUCAUCCAAAAGAAGCGACAACUGCCGCUAUCAAUCCCCAAAGAGUAUGACAAAUGUAAUGAAACAAUAUACGGGGACGAUCGGAUGGAUAAUUCUUCAAACUCAAAGCCAACAGGCGAUGAUACCCCGAAAGGCAAACGUGAGGCUUAUGUCAAGAGGCGAUACACUGGAAAACGUAGUUUCAGCGAUGUUGGGUGUAUAAGAACCAAAGUCAACGGACAAAUGGUUUACGCGAAAGUAUGUGAGCUAUGCGGCAAACAGGUUGAAAGGUCCCGUUUUGAGGUCCACAUGAACAUGCACAAUGGACUCCGGCCUUACCUGUGCUCUUUCGAAGGAUGCAACAGACGGUAUGUCAGUAAAACAAUUCGCGACAGGCAUGAGAUAUUGUAUCAUGGCGAGGACGGAUACAUAUUUCCGUGCGAUCAGUGCGACGAAAAGUUCAAGCUGAAAUCCGUGUACGAGUAUCACUACGCUCUGAAACAUAAGAACGAGAACGUUCCUUGUAACAUUUGCGGCAAAGUAUUCAAGCACAAAUCUAUUCUCAGGGAUCACAUGCGUGUUCAUAAGACCAAUUAUGAGUGUCAUAUCUGUGGUAAGAUAUUGCAGAAAAAGUACACUCUGAACGGCCAUAUGCGUACUCACACCAACGAAAAACCAUACCCGUGCGGGCUCUGCGAGCAACGGUUCAUAUGGAAGGUCCAGAUGAAGAACCAUAUGCUCAAGGUACACGGUGUCGAGUUUGAAGAGGUGCAAGAAGCGAUAACGACGAUAAAAAGUUAACGUUAUCAUGAAAAUGUUGGUUUCGUUCAAAAAUUUAUUCCAACGAUAAACCUACGGCUGGAACACAAUUGAAAGAAGUUUCGUUAUAAUAGUUCUGAAAAGAAUAAGUAGCUGUGCUACAUGUCCAGUGACGUUCCAAUGGAGUUAUAAUGCGUUCGACACUUCACUGUUGCAACACUCUGUAACGUUGGAUUUCACACAAAAUGUGCAUUCAUGAAAACUUUGUAUUUAAAAUCUGGUUUUUCAUUACCAUUUCAAAUAACGGUUAGAUUCUAAAAGAUAGAUUAACAAUUCUUAUAUUUUACUUAUAUUACAAUUCUUUAUAUUUCACUGCGAAGUACACCCUCAAAGGCCUUGGAGGCUAUCCUUCACGUGUUACCUUUGAACCAACAUGUUCAGCUAGAGCAGCUAUUAGGUGUACCGGUAAGUUUCUUCGGUUUUACAAUAGAUAGCUUAACUCGAUUAUUAUUCCAGUGAAUGAAAUUUCCAGACAUUCAUUGGAAAGCUACUGUCAUUGCGCGUAUCACUUCAAUAUGAAGAAAAAAGCUGCGGAAAGUCAUCGCAUUUUAGUGGAAGUUUAUGGUAACUGAGCGAACGUGUCAGACGCGGUUUGCGCGGUUUACGCGGUUUAAAGUGCUAAUUUUGACUUGGAAGACGAAGAACGUUCCGGCCGCCAAAAAAGUUUGAAGAUGAAGAAUUGGAGGCUUUACUCGAUCAAGAUCCGUCACAAACGCAACAAGAACUUGCAGAUACACUUGGAGUAGCUCAGCAAACCAUAUCCGAUCGUUUAAAAGCAAAGGGAAUGUUCCGCAAGAUAGGACAUUGGGUGCUGUGUGAAUUGAAGCCAAGAGACGUCGAACGCCGUUUUUUUACGUGCGAACAACUGCUCUAACAGCUUAAAAGAAAGGUUUUUUUUGCAUCGAAUCGCUACUUAUGAUGUAAGGUGGGUCCAUUACGACAAUCCUAAACGUCGGGCAACGUAUGGAUACCCCGGCCCUGCAUCAACAUCGACGACCGCGCGGAAUAUUCACGACCAGAACGUUAUGCUGUCUAUUUGGUGGGACUAGCUGGGUAUGGUGUACUAUGAGCUGCUAAAACCGGAUGAAACCAUUACGGGAAACCUCUACCGACGACAAUUGAUGCGUUUGAGCCGUGCACUGAAGAGGAAACGGCCACAAUACGAGCAAAGACACGAUAAAGUUAUUAUGCAGCAUGACAAUGCUCGGUUGCAUGUCGCGAAACCGGUCAAAACAUGCUUGGAAACGCUGAAAUGGGAGAUCCUGUCCCACCCACCUUAUUCUCCAGACAUUGCUCCGUCCGAUUACUACUUUUUUCGAUCGAUGCAACAUGGCCUGGUUGACCAGCACUUCUCCAAUUUUGAUGAAGUCAAAAAUUGGAACGAUUCAUGGUUAGCCGACAAACUGGCCGAUUAUUUCCGCAAAGGGAUCCGUGAAUUUCCAGAAAGACGGGAAAAAGUUGUGACUAGCGAUGGGAAAUACUUUGGAUAUUAAAUUUGUAACCAUUU